GCUAACGUCACAGCGCAGACCUUUCUGUAGUCAAGUCAAGUGGGUGCAGAGUUUGCUCACCAAAUCGAAGUUCUCCAGCACCAAAUCGAGCUCCGUUGAUGCUGAAUCGAGCUCUUCCACCACCAAAUCGAAGUUCUCCGGCGCCAAAUUGAGUUCCGUUGCUACCGAAUCGAGCUUUUCCACUACAAAAUCAACCUCCGCGCUCGCCGGAUCGACCUUCUCCUCUGCCAAAUCGAUUUCCGCUGCCACCAGAUUGACCUUCGUCUCCAUCGAGCCGAGCUGCGCCGCCGCCGAGUGCAAGGCAAAGGAGAGCCGGCAAGAAAAGCAAACGCGACUUCCAGUGUACCCUCACAACACACCCGCACUCCCAGCUGGACAUGGCUCCUGCAGCCGCACUCGUGUUUGCUGGGAAGUCAGUGGCAAUUCCGGCCAUCUCCUUCUUGGUCAACAAGGCCUUUGCCUACCUAAAUCAGUACUGGAAAACUGAAGGAAUAGAUGAGAUGAAGAGCAGGAUACUGCUUGCCUUGCCAAAGAUCCAAGCUGUGUUUGAUGUGGUCAACCCGGAACGCAUCAAGGAGGAGAGCAUCGCACUAGAUGCAUGGCUGUGGCAUCUCAGGGAUGCGGUGGAGAAGGCUGAGGAUGCUGUUGAUGAAAUUGAGUACUACGAACUCAAGGAGAAGGCGAAGGACCUAAAGGUUAGUGACUGGGGCUCCUCUUUUGCUAAGAUGAAGCAUAGUGCUAUCAAGUCUGUUAAGCAUGCUAGUAUUGUGGAUAAGGCUGUCAAAGGUUUGAGUCACCGUGGCACUCUCAGGAGGCUGCAGAAAGCUCUGGAGGGUUUAGACAAGGCUGCUGCAGGUGUUGUGGGUUUUCUCGCACUCGCGGAUCACCUCGGAGGAAGUACAAGUCGUCAGGAAGAGGAUUCUCUGAACAAGGAUCGUGAAACAGGGUCCAUGAUAAUUGCAACUAAAGUGUUUGGUCGGCGCAAGGAGUCAGAGGAAGUAAUUGGAUGGCUGACCAAGCCAUCAGUUGGAGAUGCUGAAAUUGAGGUGAGCAAAGUAUCUGUUGUUUCCAUAGUUGGUCACGGUGGGAUGGGCAAAACUACCCUAGCACAACUCAUACACAAUGAUGACACUAUCAAAAGGCAUUUUGAUAAGGUGAUCUGGGCAUGUGUAUCCACUACCUUUAAUGCAACGACUGUCAUAAGGAAUAUAUUGGAAAAUGCUACUUGGGCAACAAAUGGUGCCAGUACUUUGGAUGCAUUGCAGAAAAUUCUUAGAGAGAAAGUAGAUUCCCUAAAAUUCUUGGUUAUUUUGGAUGAUGUUUGGGAGGACAAGACAGAUGACCAAUGGGGGAAGUUAUUUGCUCCUUUGAGGGCAGGGAAGAAUGGAAGCAAGAUCUUGCUGACAACCCGCAUGAAAGGAGUCGCAGAAAUGGCAGAUCAAGUUAUGAGAGGUGAAAAUAAACUCCUUGAAUUGCAAGGCCUAGAUGAAGAUGAUAAUAUAGAGCUUUUCAGCCAUCAUGCUUUUCCCAGCUGUGGUCUCCAAGAUGAUGCAGCCUUUAAACGAACUGGAGAACAAAUUGCCAAGAAUCUCAGAGGCUGUCCCUUGGUGACAAAGGUUGUUGGCGCGCAUCUGCGUGAUAAUAUGAGAUUGGAUUAUUGGAACGAGUUCCUGACGCAAAGUUUGAAACAUUUUUAUGGAGGUUCAGAGGAUAUUAUGGAUGUUCUAAAGCUAAGCUACUACCACCUACCACCAGUGCUGCAAACUUGUUUUCGGUUUUGCAGCUUAUUCCCGCAAGAUUAUCGAUUUGGAAAGGAUCAGUUAGUGGAGAUGUGGGUUGACUCAGGUUUGAUCUCGCAGGAUGCGUCUGGAACUCAAAGUCUAGUGGAUGUUGGAGAAAAAUACCUGGUUCAACUGACCAGAAAAUCAUUCUUCGAUCUCAGAUGCCCUGUAGAUCUUGUUGGUCAAGAAGACAGAGAAUCUGGAUACUAUGUCAUGCAUGACUUAAUGCAUGAUUUAGCAACGAAUGUUUCAUUUGGAGAAUGUUUACGCAUGGUUGAUGGUGGCAGCCUUGAGAAUGUGCCGAGCACAGUUCGACACGUUCGUGUUGAACAUAUUCAUAAUUUUCCUAUGGAAAAGGUGAAGAAAAUUUCCUGUUUGGAAAAUCUGCGUACCAUUAUUAUUGUCAAAGAUAUUCUUCACAGUAGUGUGGAAGAAAACAUAGAUAUUCUAAAUACAGUGGAAGAGCUUGUUGAGAGUUCAAAAUCAUUGCGUCUAUUUCAAACAAACUUGCGGCACAGAUCCCAUUUUGCAAGCAAACUUGCCAAGUUAAAGCACCUUCGUUGCAUCAUAUUCCAAUACACACCCACGACACAAGAGAGCAUGUCUGGGGUUUUCAAAUUAUAUCACUUAAGAAAACUAAUAUGGAGAUCUACGAAGAUAGGAUCAAAACAAGUGAGGGAUGUUGGGUACCUUGACCGCUUGCAAUACGUGUCAUAUCAACCAUUUGGAUACAGAUGCAGUAUGGUCCCAGUAGCAAGACUUACUUCUCUUCGAGUCUUAGAAAAUUAUCAUAUCACGAGAAUAAAAGGUUACAAUAUGAGUGCUCUCAAGGAUUUGGGAAGCCUCCGUAGUCUUUCUGUUGAUACCCUUGAGAAUGUUGAUAACCAAGAAGAAGCUAAGAAGGCCAAGAUGAAGGAAAAGAAAUGCCUCGUGUCAUUACGGCUAGGAUGGACUGAAUGCGAUGGUGUCCGAAGUAGAACGGAUGAACUGAUUCUUGACAGCCUUGAGCCACAUGCCAAUCUUAAGGAACUAUGUAUUUCACGUUUCCGUGGCAGUAGAAUUCCACAUUGGAUUGCAGAAUCCCGCGUAGAAAACCUUGUAGAGCUUGACUUCAACUUCUGUGAACAUAUCGAAGAACUUCCAAGCCUUGGAAAGUUACUGAAGCUAAAGGAUUUAACAUUACGUGGUCUUAUUAGUCUGAGAAGAAUUGGUCAGCCAUCAAAUGCCUCAGGAGAUGGGCGUAUGGAGUUGUUCCUGCCACCAAGUCUUCAAAAACUUAAUAUAGAACAAUGCUUAAAACUUGAGGAAUUGCCUCUUCUACCUCCUAGCUUAGUGAGGUUGGACCUAGAAGAGGUCGGGUUGAUCAGGCUUCCAAGGAUAGUAAAGCUGCAUAGCAGUAAUGAUGAAAGUAUAUCAUCCAAAUGGCUGGAGAUCAUGGUCAGAUCUUGUCAGUGUUUAACUUCACUUGAGGGGAGCUUAUUUGAGCAAAAACAAUGCAUCCAAGUAAUACGUGAAAUGAGCAUCAUUGACUGCAUGCAUCUGGAGUCUGCACCCUUUCCAUUUGAAGAAAUGAAUGAACUUCGAGAGAUUCACAUAGAAAAUUGUCCAGAGUUGAGGCUGCUAAGUGGUGCUGGAGAUAAACUCCCGCUACCAUCGCUUAAAACUCUAGCAAUGGGGCGGUGUGGUGACUUCGAACUUCUGCUGCUUGAGUCACUGCAAGUGUUUACCAAUCUCUCCUACUUGAGGCUCAGCAACUGCUCGGUAGUGGAAUCCCUCCCAUCCGCAGAUGUAUUUGCGAAUCUCACGUCGUUGCGAAUCAUUAGGCUGAAUGGAUGCAGGAAUCUGUCAUCCCUGGGUGGGCUCAGAUCCCUUCCACGCCUUGAGGAUUUAGAACUCUUGAACUGCAGUAAACUCGCAGAGGCUGGGCUAUCGCUAACUUUUGGUGUAUCUGGUUGCGAAGAAGAGCCUGGAAGCUUCAAGCAAAUCAGGUAUAUUAGGAUCGACCACCCGGCCUUGCUGCUUGUUGAGCCAGUGAGGAGUCUAUGCCCAACCUCUAUUCUGGAGAUUGAAGACGGGUCAGAAAUGUUGGACGCAAUUGAGCCAUGGUUGCUACGGAAUUGUACAUCCCUACAACAACUAUGGAUACUUGAUGUCAAUUUGGAAUCGCUUCCACUGAGAUUAAGUGAACUCUCCUCUCUUGAGACGUUGCGCCUAUUUAAUUCCGAUCAACUCCGUUCAUUACCAAAUGUGCCCUCCUCCCUUCAGACUCUGUAUAUUAAGAGUUGUCAUUCAGAACUGCGGAAGAAGGCUUCGGAACGUGGAAGCGUUGAAUGGAACAAGAUUUCCCACAUCCCUGACGUGCAAAUUGGAGAUUACUACUUUAGCAAGGGUGAACACGUGCAUACAGACAUUUCACGGGACCCUUGCUUUCAGAUGCAGGAGGUAAUGAACCACACGAACAAAACUUGGUGCUGGAGCACAGCAUAGUCCAAGAAGCCAUGAACCAACUGGUUUUCUAGGAGAGAAAAGGUAAUCUUCAGAGGGACCUAUUGGACAAGAACAUGGGCGGUGCUAUCAAAGGAGGAAGAGAAAAAUGAAAUGAAGAACAACUGUAGCAGGCUCGAAGGCACUGCCUUGGAAUUCUUCUCCAAUAAGUAUGGCUGGAACUUCAGACGAAGAAUACUUCAGUAACAGGAUUUCAUCUAGGCACCGGAGAAGAUCUUAGAGUCCUAUCUAGUGCUUAGGAGUCGUGCUAGUGUUCCUGUCUUUGGAGUGAACUGUGUCUUCAAGGGUAGUACUGCUAGAACAGCCUAAGUGCUGAGUUUCUGUAUUUGUGGUGUUAGUUUGGCUGCAGGCAUCCACUCGUGGAUGACCGAGGCCGGAUUCUUUCCUUUAUCUAAAAAAAUGUGCAUAUACGGAUUAUUAUUCCACAAUAUCUGUUAUCUAUAAUCGAGUUGAUUAUUUA